UGAAGAGGCUUCCACUGGGGAUUUAAACUGAUGUCCUGUCUGGACGAACACACAAGCGGCGAAGGUUUAACUACAUAGUUAUAUAGUCGACCUCUAGUCUUACGCUCGGCACAGAGCUGGCUUGUUCCCGGACUGUUUUAUAACAUUUGCUGUUCAGAGAUAAUAACAGGCGCAGAGAACGCUAGCGUAGACUGUUAGCCGCGAGAAUUUACUAGACAAAAAUCCUUCAAGAGUCACGCCCUAAAAUUCUGUUUCCUCGAACCGGCCACGCGACCGACUGCGGGCUCAGAUGGUCGAACCUGUCUAGACUCCAACCGUACUAUGUACAUAUUGUACUUGUUAGUGCAAAACAACUAAGAAGCGUCAGGGGAAACAUGUAUGUCCAGUUUCAGUCUACUUUGUUGGGAGACAGAUAACGUUAGUCUGCUAGCCUUGUGUGUUCGUCAUUAUUACGCUGCGCUCUUGGCUGAAGACUGGGGAUCAUGAAUUCACCAGUGUACACGUUUGUUUUGAGAGAUGACACCAGUACUGUGUAUGCUGAGGUCGCCAAGAUCCUUACUUCAACUGGAAAAUGGAAACGACUGAAAAAAGACAACCCUCGCUUUAAUUUAAUGCUGGGAGAGAGGAAUCGGCUGCCUUUUGGACGGCUGGGUCAUGAACCAGGACUGAUGCAGCUGGUGAAUUAUUACAGAGGAGCCGAUAAACUGUGUCGCAAAGCAUCACUGGUCAAGAUCAUCAAGACCAGUCCAGAGUUGAAGGACUCCUGUAACUGGUUUCCUGAGUCCUACAUCAUAUACCCAACCAACCUCAACACUCCGGUGGCCCCAGCCACCAACGGCAUCAGCCACAUGAAGAGCAACCCAAAGACAGAUGAGCGAGAAGUUUUCUUAGCAUCUUAUAACUCUAGAAAGGAAAGUGGAGAUGGGACAGUGUGGAUAGCCAAAUCAUCAGCAGGUGCAAAAGGUGCUGGCAUUUUGAUUUCUCAUGAUGCAAACCAGUUGCUGGAGUUCAUUGAUAAUCAAGGCCAAGUGCAUGUCAUACAGAAGUAUCUGGAAAAACCGCUGCUGCUUGAGCCAGGUCAUCGCAAAUUCGAUAUAAGAAGUUGGGUGCUUGUGGACCAUCAAUACAACAUCUACCUGUACCGUGAGGGUGUGCUGAGGACAUCGUCUGAGCCCUACAAUUGCUCAGAUCUCCAGAAUAUGACAAGUCAUCUGACAAACCACUGUAUUCAGAAAGAGCAUUCGCAGAACUAUGGCCGAUAUGAGGAGGGCAAUGAGAUGUUUUUUGAUGAGUUUAAACAGUACCUGCUGACCACACACAAUCUGGCUAUGGAGACCUCUAUUUUACCUCAGAUCAAGCAUAUAAUCAGGAGCUGUCUUGCAUGCAUCGAGCCAGCCAUCAGCACAAAGCACCUCUCCUACCAGAGCUUCCAGCUCUUUGGCUUCGACUUCAUGCUGGACGAGAGCUUUAAAGUCUGGCUGAUUGAGAUCAAUGGAGCACCUGCCUGUGCACAGAAACUGUACCCUGAGCUGUGUCAAGGGAUUGUGGAUGUGGCCAUCUCCACAGUCUUCUCUCUGAGUGCUGAUGCUCUCUCAUCUUCACCUCCAUUUUCGACCUCUCCAUCUCUGUCCUCCAACUCCUGCUCCUCACCCAAGAUCAGAGCACCCCAUCACUUCGGCCCAUUCAGCAAACUAUAAAUGACUUGCAAAAUACUGCCAUUAUCAUGCAAACCCAACUGUCCAACUUAAAACAACAUCAGCCAGUCUAAAAAUUUUAAGGAUCUUGGGGCUGAACAUGCCGGAGAUUAAUCUCCAUCUGAAGAGGACACAGGGGACAUGAGGUCAACCUCUGUAUGAUCCUCUUUCUGUUUCCCUCCAACAUUUUAAAGUGCAAACAGAAAAGCAGAGAGCUCUGCUUUUCCGAAGUAAAGACUUGAAGGUGAGGAGAAUCCAGAGUAGCAGCAUUCAGAAAAGAGAGUAAUUUGGUUUCUAAAGGCAAGUAUUUACUCUUUUGAGACUAUAGGUUUGUGACCUUUUAAAGGGAUUGUUCACCCAAAAAUGAAAAUUCACUAGUCAAGUGGUUUCUUUUUUCUGUUGAACACAAAAGAAGGUAUUUUGAAGAAUUUUAGAAAUCAGUGCUCCUUGCCUUCGAUCAUCUUCUUUUGUAGUAUGGAAAACCAUCACAGAAUUUUCAGAUUAGGGUGAACCAUUCAUUUAAGUCAAGGGUGUCAAACUCCUCAGCCCUGUUGAGUUUAGAUCCAAUCCUGCUUUAACACACUUUGUUUCAAAUGAGCCUGAAGAACUCAAUUAAUUUGAUCAGGUGUGUUUAAACAAGGUUGAAGCUAAACUGCAGAGCUGUGGUCCUCCAGGAACUGACUUUGACACUUAUGCUUUAAGUCAGUGGUCUCAAACUCAAUUCCUGGAGGGCCACAGCUCUGCAUAGUUUAGCUCCAACCACCUCCAACUCACACCUGCUUAAUAGUCUCUAGUAGACUUGAACACCUUGAUUAGUUGGAUCAGCUGCAUUUGAUUAGGGUUGGAGCAAAACUGUGCAGAGUUGUGGCCCUCCAGGAAUCCAGUUUGAAACCUAUGAUUUAAGUGAUUUAAAAAUGUGAAUUUAAGCACAUAUUUGAAGGAGUAUAGGCCACCAAAAACAACAGAAUUUGGCUCCUAAACGUCCCCCGAUCUGUCCAGAUGUCAGAAAGGAAUCCUCAGGACUUUUCCCAGCACCUUGAUAAGCUGGAUGAUGGAUUUGAGACUAGUGCCUUACAUAUUCAACACUAACUCCCAGCUAACUAAUCCGGACUUUUUGUAAAUGCACCCUAUCAACUACAGUGCUCAGCAUAAAUGAGUACACGCCCUUUAGAAAUAUAACUUUUAAUCCAUUUCUUAGAGAACCACACAUCUUUAGGAAUAGAACAAUAAUGCAUUUAAAUUCAAUCAAGCCAUUGCAAAAAAUAUUUAUUUAAUUAAUUUCCCCCAGCAUAUUAUUUUGGGUGUAGUGGCUUUUGGGCUGUGAUCAUAAAUUCUAGUUGUUUUUUAUUUAGUUUUAUUAUUUCCAGUUUUUGGCUUUUGAACUGACCAAUCUACUGUAGUGGGGUCUCAUUUCAAAGGGUGCCAUUCGAAGGGGGCUGCGUCGUGUCGUGAUGAAGGCUGUCUCAUUUCAAAAAAAAAUUGAAGUCUCCUUCAAAUGCAGCCUCUAAAUGCGUCCUUCGUUUCACAAGUAAUGAAGGACACAACUGGUGGAUCCUUUGAGGCCUCAAACGUCUCAAGAUUCAUUGCGCGUUGAUAACGGCAGGAUAUUUUUAAAAGAAAAGUCCAGAUUAAAUGUACGAAUUAGGUUUAUUUUACUUGGAUAUCUAAACACAUGUUAAAAAAUUAAAAGAGCAUGACAUGUCUUUCUCAGGCCUUUAAUUUGUGCUGGAUCCGGUGUUCUGUCGAUUUGUUCCUACUUUGUCAGAUUGUCCUACUUCCCAUUCAGUAGCACAAAAAGUAGGUAGAACAUUUUGAUGACGCAAUAUGCUACCCAUCAGAUUUUGCUACCAGUGUAAAUUUUAAUGUGGAAUAGUGUGAUAUUAAACUGUAAUAUAGCCCUAACCUACCUAAUCCCUAACCCCAAUCUCAGAACUUUUCAAAUACAUAUAGCAUAAUCUGAUGGGUAGGAUAAAAUGUCAGGACACCGGCACCUCUGAAAUCUGAUCCGGUGUUCUGAUGACCUGUGCUACCUCCUCAGAAUGUGCUACCGGUAGCUCAAUCUGUCAUUUGAAGCUACUACACCUUUUUCUACAUUGUUAAAUAGAGUAGUAGAUCAUUUUGAUAGAUAUUUGAAGCUAACAAUAUAUGCUACCCCUGUUUUUACAUCCUUAUUCAAUGUGGUAGUUCAUUCUGAUAGACAUUUGAAGCUGACAAGAUGUGCCAACCCUGUUUUGGUUGAUAAAACAUGACUGAUUAAGCUACCGGUGGCACAUUCUGAGGAGGUAGCACAGAUCAUCCUCUUUUCACUUAGUUCUUCGUCCACGACACCCCUCCACCAUCCAACGCCCCCCCCCCCCCCCCCCCUCCAUUUAUGCUAUCUAUUAAAUUACCCAAUAAAUAGAAUUUUUUUAACCCCGACCCCAACCCUACACACAACCUUCACAGUACUGUGAAGUAUUAUUGUUAUACAGUGUCAUAAAAAAUGCUACUAUUAAUAUAAUGUACAUAUCGCACUUCUGGCCGUAUCCGAUUUAAACUUUACCCUCGCUCUCCACUUUCGUGCGCAACACCUCUCCAUCCUUGCAUAACUUGCCGGAUCCAUUACCCUGAUCUGUUCUGGCACCUCACAAUUCACAAAUUAAGCACUGGUCUUACUAAAAAGAUUGUAUAGACCAUUUCAGCCUGAUCUCAGGAGAAAACGUAAGUAUUUUACAUUUUGUUAGUUUUUAUGGCUAAUUCAUACGAAUUCGUACAAGUUCAGUCGUACAAAUUUGUACGAUUUUUAAAAGUAGGCUUGACACCUAACCCCACAAAAUGAUCAGUUCGGCUUGUUUGAAGGAUGCACCCUCUGAAAUAAGAUGCAAAUAUUUUUGUAAGUUAUUCUAUAGAAAUUAUUAAUUUAAAUGAGAGAUUGGUGAGGAGUGUACUCAUUUAAGCUUAGCACUGUAAUAUCAGUCAGAUUAUUGUACGUAUUUGUGCUUUUUUUUUUUUUUUUGGUAGUGUGUCCUAAAUAGUUUUAAACCAAAAAUGAACCGUUUUCUGAUUCAGAUAUUUAUGAUUUGCCGUGUAAUGUAGAAAACGAUGUUUGGUAGAAGUAGCAGAAGAUAAUGUUUACAUGCUUGUUAUUGUUCUGUCCACUGAGACCAGAUUUAGUCUUCCCAAUGCUCCCGUUGAUGUUUGCACAGGUCUGGUAAUUAAUUAUGUUGUGACAGGCAAUCAAGAACAUCUGGGAACUGGGGAAGCACUGCUUUCUGUAGCAUCAGAAGACACGCGUUCACAACUAGACAAAUGCUUAAUUUGUUUAAAAGUAUUCUCUGAGUAAUGAAACUUUUGGUAGGCUAAAAUGUUGCAUGUCGAAGCAUGUAAAUACCUACUAAAGAUAGUAGUUUGAGUUUUUAUAUUUUAAGAUUAUUGAAUCACUUCAGCUCUCAUUUUAUACCUUUGUACUGUAAAAAUGAAUCAUGCGCCGCUUGGUUGAUAUUUCUUAAGCAUAGUUCACCCCAAAAAUGAAAAUUUUCAGCAUUCUCGUGCUUCACAUGUCACAAACCUGUUUCAGUUAUUUUUUAAUGUUGUACACCAUUGUACCAUUGACUUCCACAUUAUUUGUUUUUCCUAUCAUGGAAGUCAGUGAUGUAACAUUUUCAACUAUCCCAGUUCAUAUAAAAAUAACAUUCUAUAUUUGUUCUUUUUUUUUUUUCUGGUAGCCAUUGACUUUUUUUCCCCUCUGUCUUUUCCUGUUUGAAUUCUUGUUUGAGAGAAAAGUGUAACUUUAAAAAGUUUGAGGGUGAGUAAAUUAGCAAUUUUCAGCAAACUUUGAUACCCUUUAAUACACAAUAUGGGAUGCUUCCUGGUGGGUUUGUGUGCAGCUGGAGCCAUUGAAAAUCAUUUCUCCUUUAUAAUCUGCAGUAUUUCUUCAUAUUACUGCAUAUAUGCAGACUGCAGGUAUGACUGGUGUGAUUCAUUAACAGUAGGCUCUGAAUGGGCGACCUGCACACUGUUAAGAUGACUGGUGAAAAUGAUGCACAAGCAGCAAUUUAGUGUUGAAUGUGACAUUUAGGAGUUAGUGUUAUGGCAGUAUGUGGAAACAGGAAGGACUUUUAAAGACAUAGUUCACCCAAAAAAUUAAAAAUCUGUCAUCAUUUGAUUAACCCUUCUCUUGUUCCAAACUUGUUUGAGUUUCUUCUGUUGAACACUAAGGAAGAUAUACUGAACAGUCUUGGGGUAAAAGCCAUUGACUUCCAUAGUAUUUUUGUUCCUACUAAGGAUAUCAAUAGCUGAUAGGAUAUAAUUUUUUUUUUCAACAUUCUUUAUAGUACCUUGUUUUAUGUUCAACAGAAGAAAGACAUUCAAAAAAAAGCUUAGAACUUAGAACAGUAUUGAAGGGAAAGGACUGUAUAAAGCCUGAGGAUGUCAUCAACGCUUUCAUUAUAGUAUCCAGUUUUUAUUAUGCAUCUUUGUGUUGCGUUUUAUUUGUAUGUUGUUGUUUUUUUUACAUGAUGUUGCUGUACAGUUUGCAAUUGGUUAAAAAAAAGAGAAAACUGAAGACAGUCUUAUAAAGCCGGAAUGAGGGAAACAUCUCCAUCUAGCCAAAGAUCAGUGUGAUUCAGUAUCUUCACUGCUGUUCAAGAUGUCUAAUGGUCUUCUGAACAUUACUGGUUUACGUAAAAUGUAGGAAUGCUGUUUUUGUUUUUCUCCUAUAUUUGUCUGAGGAAAAAAAUGUUGUUAUUAUUAGCCUAGUUUGCUGUAUUUGUUACUGUUGUUUAGACUCUUGAAAAAAAAAACUAAAUACAUUGGAUUGGUAAAAGACUAAAAAGUGUUCAUUAUUCAAAUAUAAGCAUUCAUUGUGUGCAAUAAAUUAAAAUACUCAACAUC